CAAUUACAUGUAGUGAAAUCAGUUGUUGCUUUUUUAUUUAUGAGGAUAAAAACAUAACUGGUGAAACACGCAGCCAAUCACCAAUCAGGGACGAGGGUUCUGAUCGGCGCUUGGUGUAUCUACUGAUCACCAACAUACAGUUCAGCAUCAGUUCAACAUCAAGCAGAACAUUUAGAGAGGAAUAAAUGAUGAAGAAACUCCAGACUAGAACUCGACACAACACACGUGACCUCAUUUACACAUUUUUUUUUUAAGUAGUUGAAAAGAAGGGUUUGGAUUCAUGAUCAUUUUUUUAGAAAUCAAUCAGUGUUUGAGUCAUUAAUAUCAUUCUAUUAAUAGAUCAGUGUGCUGAGAGUCACAUUCGAGUCUUUACACAUAAACUGAGGUGAUUAAAGAGUCUUGUGAUAAAAAUGAUAAUAGGAACAUGAAUAAUUCACAGUUCUUUGGAUACGUAAGUACAUUUGAAAGCAAAAACCUUUGAGGUUUUAGUUAAAGUUUAACUCUAAUACUGGAGUCAUAUUUGACUGAGGGUCUUUAACUCAAGUACAUGGUUUGUGAUCAGAAUCUAUUAAAAGUGCUCCAAGGAAGGAACAGUGGUGAACGGUGACAAGGUCGUGGGGGGCCGAGGCUCUCUGAUGCACGUGAGGAGCGAAGGCUGGUCCGUGUGGUUCCGAUCCAAAAGAUGAUCUCCUGUAGAUCAAACUGCUGAAGAAGUUCAUGCUGUUAAUGUUUGAGGUGUGUUGAAGAAAGAGUGUGAGCACUUCCCUCCCACACUCCUGCAUGUAUUUUCAUGUUGAUGUAUGGUUGCAUGGUGACUGCACGGUGUUUGUGAUGCACGCGGCGGCGGGGCGGGUUGGUGUUUGUGAUGCACGCGGCGGCGGGGCGGGUUGGUGUUUGUGAUGCACGCGGCGGUGGGGCGGGUUGGUGUCUGUGAUGCACGCGGCGGUGGGGCGGGUUGCUGCAGCGGAUUUGCGUGAGCGGGGCAGGAUUUAGCUUGGAAAGGGCGGGUUGCAUUUGCGUGAGCGAGGCCGGAUCUCGCGCAGAGGCAGCCCUCAUUUGCGGGAGAUCCGACGCGACGCGACGCGAUUCGCGACUCGCGAGCGCGCGCGGCUGUGUGCGGAAGUCUUUUCAUCAUCAUCAUCAUCAUCAUCGCUUCUCGCCGCUGCUCGUGCCGCCGCCGUGAGCACGAGCGUGCUCCGGCUCCAAGAUCUUCAUCGUCCUCAUCUCCUUCACGCAAAAAAAAAAAAAAAACCACCAGAACAACACCGACUUCGACUUCCUGUUCCGUGUCCGGAGCGCGCGGCCUUUUCAGGGGUGAUGGCAAGACCAAGCCACAGCGAGCAUGUCCUGCAGCAGCUCAACAACCAGCGGGAAUGGGGCUUUCUGUGCGACUGCUGCAUCGCCAUUGGUGACAUUUACUUUAGGGCCCACAAGGCCGUUCUGGCAGCCUGCAGCUCCUACUUCAGGAUGAUGUUCAUCCGAGACCAGCAGGGCACGGCGCGCCUGGAUCUCAGCAACAUGCAGAUCAGCGCAGAGUGCUUCGACCUCAUCCUGCAGCUCAUGUACCUCGGUCGCAUCGUGGUGGGACACUACGAGUUUGAGGAGCUGAAGUCGUCCAUGGCGUACCUGCAGAUGUACUACAUCCCCGACUCGCUGGAGGAUCUCCGAGACAUCCGCGCGUCCAAUCUUACCCCCUCUUCCUCGGCUUCCUCGUCAUCUUCCAGUUCCUCAUCUUCCUCCAGCGUGGUAGGAGGGAAGAUGAUGUUUGGCGUUCGCAUGUUCGAGCAGCAGAAGCCGAGUCCCUCUAAAAGUGACCAUGUGCCUAAAAUUUUAAACCCAGUCACUCAGCAAAGCAUUAAUAUAUCUACUGUAAGACCCGUUGAGGAUGUGGCUAUUCCACUUCCACCAGUGCACUCAGAGAAUCUUGCAGAGCAGCCAUGCGACCUGAGAAAGAGAACCUCCGGCCGAAGCACUGCAUUGAAAGAGCGCCCCCGGUUUGGUCGCACUUACACCUGCGACGACUGCGGGUUUGUCUUCAGCUGCGAGAAGCUCCUCAUUGAACACAUCCUCACGUGCACGAACCGCAAAGCUUACCAAACCCCGAGAGUUAGCAAAGGCGCUGACAGUGACUCCAGCAAAGGUGAGAGCUCAGCUUCCGAAGGGACUGGGGACCAAAGAGUGGUUUGUAAAGGUGAAGAGGAUUGGCCUGAUAACAAGUCUGACACUGACACUGUCAUCAGGUCUAUUGCCACAGGGAUGGACAAUGAUUCGUCAGCAUCCAACGUUAAGAUCAAACUAGAGCAGGAAGACGACUCUGAUAUUGAGAUGGAAAACAUCAGCGUGGUCCAAGUUAGCAACCACAGUGUGGGGAGCUGCAAAGUACGCCGAAGAACGUUCAGAGACAACAUGAGAUUUGACAGCGAAGAAGAAGCAGGUGUUUCUGCCGUAGACCACGGCGCUCUGGAGGGUCACAGUAAAGGUUCCGAAGGGAAGGUUUGUCGGAUUAAAGAGGAGAAGCCGGAUGGAGAGUGCGCUCCAUGUGAGCUAUGUGGUGCUUUGCUAACCGAGGAGGAACAGUCUGCUCAUUACAUCUCCAGUCACAUGGGACACAUAUGUGCCUGUGGAAGGUGUGGUCAGGUCCUGAUUAAAGGCAGGCAGCUUCAGGAGCAUGCUGAGCGCUGCGGCGAGCCCCAGUGCACCGAAACCGAUUCUCCAGGUGAAGAAAGUCCUUUAACGGAAGACCCCCAGACCAUGGAGGAAGGCUUAAUGGAAGGAGCUGACUUAGGCUUCCGUUGUCCUCUUUGUGGCUUGCUCUUCGAGACGGAAAGCCUUGCAGUAGAGCACACUCUGGCCUGUCCUGAGCAGGACACCUUUCGACCUGCGACGGUGGAAGACGAGCCGGACCACCGGCGCAAGCACUUUUGCGCCAUUUGCGGCAAAGGCUUCUACCAGCGCUGCCACCUGCGUGAGCACUACACCGUGCACACCAAGGAGAAACAGUUCACCUGCCAAACCUGCGGAAAACGCUUCCUCCGUGAGCGCCAGCUGCGCCUCCACACCGACAUGCACAAGGGCAUGGCACGCUACGUGUGCCCCGUGUGCGACCAGGGCACCUUCCUGAAGCACGACCACGUACGCCACAUGAUUUCCCACCUCUCGGCUGGAGAGACCAUCUGCCAGGUGUGCUUCCAGAUCUUUCCCAGCAGCGAGCACUUGGAGAAGCACAUGGACGUUCACCUGUACAUCUGCGGUGUGUGUGGGGAGAAGUUUCGCCUUCGCAAAGACAUGCGAAGCCACUACAACCUGAAGCACACCAAGAGGCAGUAAACGGGGGGGGGCAUGAGGAUGUCCUAUGAUAUGAUUUGUUGGUUUUUGUUUCCUUUUCUUUUUAAACUAAGCCAUUAUUUGUGAUAAAUGUGAGUAAUCUAUGCACUUAGACACCAAAUAAUCUAUGGAACUGCACUUUUAUUGGUAAACAUAAUCCAGGUUUUGUUGGUAUUCAGUGCCUCAAGCUUUUGGCACACUUCAGUUUGCUCAAAAUCUCCUACUCUACUUGGAACAUUUAACGACUGGCAGGUUUCAAACCGGAAACAAACAGGUCCUUAUUUUUGAGACCAGAUUAAACUGGCAACUAGUCCGUUUUCAUAUGAUCAGUUUUCCUGCUUGUCUUACAGAACGUUAUAAUUAAGCAGGUUUCACACUGUUAGAUUUCUGCUGUUGCAUAAUUGGAAAAAAACAAAAAAAUGACGUAGACAUCAGGAUUUGGCGCCGAGACAACUGUCAGUGUGAGGAACUUUCGAUUUUGUUUAAAAUGCACCAAAUUGAGGACGGUGAUGUAGACAAUUUACGUUUGUGGCAUAUACCAGGCGCCCUUAUCUAGACUGACUUACAAUUAUCUCAUUUAAAUAACUGAAUAUUUAAGGGUUAAGAGCUUUGCUCGAAGAGCGGCCGCAGCUUGGUGGUACUGGGAUUUGAACUCGCAACCUUCUGACGUACUCCGUUUAAUCAUGAAGCUACCACGUCUUAGAAUAAAAACAUUCACAUUAAAGGCAAUUGAUUUACAAGCGAUUUUUUAAAUUAUCUCCUCCAUACAACUGAACAUUUAAAGGUUAAGGGCCUUGCUCAAGGGCCCAGUCGAUUGGUGCUACUGGGAUUUAAACUUACGACCUUCCGAUCAGACAUUUUUACCAUUAAGCUACCACAUGCCAACAUGAAACCCUUUACAUUUAAGGCCUUGCUCAGUUGCCCAGCAUUGGCACCUUGGUGGGGCUGGGAUUUGAACUCGCAACCUUCAGAUUCAAAGUUCGACGCAACCACUGAGCACUGAACGGAUUCCGACACAUCAGUGAAUCAUCGGUUCUUCAUCGUACAACCGAAAACGGAAAACCCACACGUUACCAUUAGCACGUCACAAGAAAAUACACAUAAUCCUACAUCCUAUAUACUUUUAAUACACUCCUGAAAUCUUACAUUUCAACACCAACUUCAGCAGGAUUUUUUUUGGUGCUUUUGUUUUGUGAUCUGUUACUUUUAAAAAAUAUUAUUAUUAUUAUUAUUAUUAUUGUAUGUAGAAUAUUUUGACCGAUAAUUUUUUUUUUAGCAUUAAGGAAUACUGUAUUUCCUGUCAGAUCUAAAAAAAAAAAACAUUUUAAACUGACAGAACACUAAAAUAUUUCAUUUAACACAGUCUUAAAACACUCUCUUGAAUUCGCUCAUCUCGCUUCGGUUUAUUAGUCACCACUCUCGGUUUUUCUUACACUUAUUCUGGGAUUUAUUGUGUAAACUAUGCAACUCAAACUUCUAAUAAAAGAGUUUCUUCAAUCAAA